AUGACUCCAAGAUCCACGUGCACUUCGGUAGGAAGGGAUGGGACCUUUAAAUCUAACUGGAGUUCAGCAUUAGAUUUCAAGUCUGGAUCCACAGACAUUACCAAGUGCCAAAAAAUCAAAUGCAACAGAGAAUUAGAGCUUGGCAGCAUAGACUCAGCGACUAAAGACUGCGCAUCUACCUUCAACGAAGAGAACACAAGAAAUAAAAGAAUAAAGAAAAAGAUGACAGUUAAAUCAGCAAGAAGACAACGUGGGAAUCGCAGAGUGAAGGCAAACGACAGAGAAAGGCACCGCAUGCAUAAGCUGAACUCCGCCCUGGAUACUCUGAGAAGCGUGCUUCCAACUUUUCCCGAUGACGCGAAACUGACUAAAAUCGAGACUUUGAGAUUCGCGCACAAUUACAUUUGGGCAUUGUCAGAAACAUUGAGAAUUGCAGACCAUGUUCGACAAAUUUCAAAUCACGAUCGGGAUCAGGAGAACCUCGCCGUGCCAAGCGCUUGCUUGGAUGUGCGCUAUAGCGCGUCCAGCGCAUGCGCGUCCAAGUGGCACUCUACAAACUCAUCAAAUUGCCAAGAAGCUCAAGGCUACUACUCUGAUUUAUUACUAGAGGAAUUUAACAGCAAUUUUCAGGACAAUCUGACAUUUAAUCUAAUCUGCGAGUAG